CGCGGCGCUCGAGGCCCCACAGUGCGCAGGCGCGGCAGCGACGCAGGCCGCGGCCCCCGGAACGGUAAACAGUGGGGUCACGUGACACGGACCCUCUCCAGCUCCCGCGCCGCCGCCGCACGCCGAUGGCUGCGGGGUCUCGCGCCGUCGUACGGUCCCCACGCGGCAAGCGACCUUCGGGCUCAGGGCGGCGGCGGCUGCAACGAGGAUUAGGAGGGCGGCGCGGAAGCCAGGAAUAGUGUCGUCAGCAGCAGCCAUUCGGUCCCAGGAGGAAAAGAGGCUGUGGCAGCGACGCCGACGUCCUGCGCGUACCCCCUCUCCGCGGCACCCACCGGGCCCCCUCCUCCUCCUCUUCGGCGGCGGCAGCGUCCACCAUCUUCCUCUUGCUGCCAGUGGUAGCGCUCGUCUGGCGGAGCUGGGGCUGAAAGACACACAGAAGUCUUCAUGGAUAUAGUUGAUACAUUUAAUCAUUUAAUUCCUACUGAACACUUAGAUGAUGCCCUAUUUCUAGGAUCCAACCUGGAGAAUGAAGUCUGUGAGGAUUUUAGUGCAAGUCAAAAUGUCUUAGAGGACUCGCUGAAGAACAUGCUCAGCGAUAAGGAUCCUAUGCUAGGAUCUGCAAGUAACCAGUUCUGUUUGCCUGUUUUGGAUAGCAAUGAUCCCAAUUUCCAGAUGCCUUGUUCAACAGUUGUUGGUCUUGACGAUAUUAUGGAUGAAGGAGUUGUUAAAGAAAGUGGCAAUGAUACCAUUGAUGAAGAAGAACUGAUUUUACCUAACAGGAACUUAAGGGACAAGGUAGAAGAAAAUUCAGUGAGAUCUCCAAGAAAAUCACCUCGUUUAAUGGCACAAGAACAAGUAAGAAGUUUGCGACAGAGCACUAUUGCCAAGCGUUCAAAUGCAGCACCAUUAAGUAACACAAAAAAAGCUUCUGGGAAGACUGUAUCUACUGCUAAAGCAGGAGUGAAACAAUCAGAAAGGAGUCAGGUUAAAGAAGAAGUAUGUACAUCACUGAAACCUGAGUACCAUAAGGAGAAUAGAAGGUGCAGCCGAAAUAGCGGACAAAUUGAAGUGGUACCUGAAGUAUCAGUGUCUUCAAGUCAUUCUUCAGUGUCAUCUUGUCUUGAAAUGAAGGAUGAAGAUGGAUUAGAUUCUAAGCAUAAGUGUAAUAAUCCGGGAGAAAUAGAUGUGCCAUCUCAUGAAUUAAAUUGUUCACUUCUUUCAGAGACUUGUGUUACUAUUGGAGAAAAGAAAAAUGAAGCUCUGAUGGAAUGUAAAGCCAAGCCUGUUGGUAGUCCAUUGUUUAAGUUUUCAGAUAAAGAAGAACAUGAACAGAAUGAUUCCAUUUCAGGUAAAACGGGUGAGAUUGUUGUUGAAGAAAUGAUAGCAACAAGAAAAGUUGAACAAGAAUCAAAGGAGACAGUAAAAUUAUCCCAUGAAGAUGACCAUAUUCUUGAGGACCCUGGAUCUUCUGAUAUUUCUGGUGAUGCUGCUUGUACAAAUCCAAAUAAGACAGAAAACAGCCUUGUAGGUUUGCCUAGUUGUGUAGAUGAAGUGACUGAAUGUAAUUUGGAAUUGAAGGAUACCAUGGAUAUUGCUGAUAAAACUGAGAACACCCUUGAAAGAAAUAAAAUUGAACCAUUGGGUUAUUGUGAAGAUGCAGAGUCUAAUAGGCAGUUGGAGAGCACUGAGUUUAAUAAAUCAAACUUAGAGGUGGUUGAUACUAGUACUUUUGAACCAGAAAGUAAUAUUUUGGAAAAUGCUAUUUGUGAUGUGCCUGACCAAAAUUCAAAACAGUUGAAUGCUAUAGAAAGUACUAAAAUAGAGUCCCAUGAAACAGCAAACCUUCAGGAUGACAAAAACAGCCAGUCAAGUAGCGUUUCUUACUUAGAUUCAAAAAGUGUAAAAUCCAAACAUACAAAACCUGUAAUUCAUUCUAAGCAAAACAUGACCACAGAUACUCCGAAGAAAAUUGUUGCAGCAAAGUAUGAAGUAAUACAUAGCAAAACUAAAGUUAAUGUCAAAAGUGUGAAACGAAAUACUGAUGAACCAGAAUCUCAGCAAAAUUUUCAUAGGCCAGUCAAAGUCAGAAAAAAACAAAUUGAUAAGGAGCCAAAGAUUCAGAGUUGCAAUUCUGGGGUUAAAUCUGUGAAAAACCAAGCUCAUUCUGUAUUGAAAAAAACAUCACAGGAUCAAACUUUAGUACAAAUUUUCAAGCCCUUAACUCAUUCUUUGAGUGAUAAGUCACAUGCUCAUCCUGGUUGCUUGAAAGAACCUCCUCAUCCUGCACAAACUGGACAUGUAUCACAUUCCAGCCAGAAACAGUGUCAUAAGUUUCAGCAACAGGCCUCAGCAGUGAAAACCAAUAGUCACGUGAAGGAAGAGCUUGAACACCCAGGCGUUGAGCAUUUUAAGGAAGAGGAUAAACUGAAACUGAAAAAACCUGAGAAGAACCUACAACCCCGCCAAAGAAGAAGCAGCAAAAGUUUUUCUUUAGAUGAGCCACCAUUGUUCAUUCCAGAUAACAUAGCUACCAUAAAAAGAGAAGGCUCUGAUCAUAGCUCCUCAUUUGAAAGCAAAUAUAUGUGGACUCCCAGCAAGCAGUGUGGGUUUUGCAAAAAACCCCAUGGCAACAGGUUUAUGGUUGGCUGUGGGAGAUGUGAUGACUGGUUUCAUGGUGAUUGUGUUGGGUUAAGUCUUUCUCAAGCACAACAGAUGGGCGAGGAAGACAAAGAAUAUGUCUGUGUAAAAUGUUGUGCUGAAGAAGACAAAAAGACUGAAAUACUAGAUCCAGAUACUUUGGAAAACCAAGCUACAGUUGAAUUCCAUAGUGGAGAUAAAACAAUGGAGUGUGAAAAGCUUGGAUUAUCAAAACACACAACAAAUGAUAGAACCAAAUAUAUAGAUGAUACAGUGAAGCACAAGGUCAAAAUUUUAAAACGGGAGUCUGGUGAAGGCAGAAAUUCAUCAGACGGUAGAGAUAAUGAAAUUAAAAAAUGGCAGCUAGCUCCUCUUCGUAAGAUGGGACAACCAGUUUUACCUCGGAGAUCCUCAGAAGAAAAAAGUGAAAAAAUACCGAAAGAGUCUACAACUGUUACUUGCACAGGAGAAAAAGCUUCAAAACCAGGCACUCAUGAGAAGCAAGAGAUGAAAAAGAAGAAAGUUGAAAAAGGAAUGCUUAAUGUACAUCCUGCUGCUUCUGCUUCCAAGCCUUCUGCAGAUCAGAUCAGGCAAAGUGUCAGACAUUCUCUCAAAGACAUUCUUAUGAAGAGACUUACAGACUCAAAUUUGAAGGUACCAGAGGAAAAGGCAGCAAAAGUUGCCACAAAAAUUGAGAAAGAGCUUUUCUCUUUUUUUCGGGACACAGAUGCUAAAUAUAAGAACAAAUAUAGAAGUUUGAUGUUUAAUUUGAAAGAUCCUAAAAACAAUAUAUUAUUUAAAAAAGUACUGAAAGGAGAAGUAACUCCUGAUCAUCUUAUCAGAAUGAGUCCAGAAGAACUAGCUUCUAAAGAGUUAGCUGCUUGGAGACGAAGAGAAAACAGACACACCAUAGAAAUGAUUGAGAAAGAGCAGAGAGAAGUGGAACGACGGCCAAUCACCAAAAUAACUCAUAAAGGUGAAAUAGAAAUUGAGAGUGAUGCCCCAAUGAAAGAACAGGAAGCAGCCAUGGAGAUUCAGGAACCAGCCGCCAAUAAGUCAUUGGAGAAGCCAGAAGGAUCUGAAAAACAAAAAGAGGAGGUUGACUCUAUGUCUAAAGAUACCACUAGUCAACACAGACAGCAUCUUUUUGAUCUCAACUGCAAAAUCUGCAUAGGUCGAAUGGCACCACCUGUAGAUGAUCUUUCUCCAAAAAAAGUAAAAGUCGUUGUAGGAGUAGCUCGCAAACAUUCAGACAAUGAAGCAGAAAGUAUAGCAGAUGCAUUGUCUUCAACCUCAAAUAUUUUGGCUUCUGAAUUCUUUGAGGAGGAGAAACAAGAGUCUCCAAAGUCAACAUUCUCUCCUGCUCCACGUCCAGAGAUGCCUGGAACUGUUGAGGUUGAGUCUACCUUUCUGGCUCGAUUGAACUUCAUCUGGAAAGGUUUUAUCAACAUGCCUUCUGUGGCAAAAUUUGUUACCAAAGCCUAUCCAGUAUCUGGCUCCCCAGAAUACCUGACAGAGGACCUACCAGAUAGUAUUCAAGUAGGUGGCAGGAUAUCACCUCAGACAGUUUGGGAUUAUGUGGAAAAAAUAAAAGCAUCAGGAACCAAGGAAAUUUGUGUGGUUCGCUUCACACCAGUAACUGAAGAAGAUCAAAUUUCUUAUACUUUGCUCUUUGCAUACUUUAGUAGCAGAAAGCGCUAUGGAGUAGCUGCUAACAACAUGAAGCAGGUUAAAGAUAUGUACCUUAUUCCUUUGGGUGCCACAGAUAAAAUUCCACACCCUCUUGUGCCUUUUGAUGGACCUGGGCUUGAACUGCAUAGACCUAAUCUAUUGUUGGGCUUAAUUAUUCGUCAGAAACUGAAGCGGCAGCACAGUGCCUGUGCUAGUACUAGUCAUAUAGCUGAGACUCCUGAAAGUGCACCGAUAGCAUUGCCACCUGAUAAAAAAAGUAAAAUAGAAGUUUCUACAGAAGAAGCACCAGAGGAAGAAAAUGACUUUUUUAAUUCUUUUACAACUGUAUUGCACAAGCAGAGAAAUAAACCUCAGCAGAAUCUUCAGGAAGACCUUCCAGCAGCAGUUGAACCUUUAAUGGAAGUCACCAAACAGGAGCCACCAAAACCUUUAAGAUUUCUUCCUGGCGUGUUGAUUGGCUGGGAAAAUCAACCUACUACUCUGGAAUUAGCAAAUAAACCUCUUCCUGUGGAUGAUAUACUUCAAAGCCUUUUGGGCACCACUGGUCAAGUAUAUGACCAGGCUCAGUCAGUGAUGGAACAAAACACUGUUAAAGAAAUUCCAUUUUUAAAUGAGCAGACCAACUCAAAAAUAGAGAAAACAGAUAAUGUGGAAGUAACUGAUGGUGAAAACAAGGAGAUAAAAGUUAAAGUAGAUAAUCUUUCAGAAUCUACAGAUAAGUCAGCAGUAAUAGGAGAAGAAACAUCAAUAGUAGGGUCCUCUUCCAUUUCUGCAGGGCCUUUGACAAGUCUUAGUCUCAGAGGUAAGCCACCAGAUGUUUCUACAGAAGCAUUUUUAACAAAUUUAUCAAUUCAGUCAAAACAAGAGGAAACUGUGGAGAGUAAAGAGAAAACAUUAAAAAGACAGCUUCAGGAAGAUCAAGAGAAUAAUUUGCAAGAUAACCAGACUUCAAAUAGUUCUCCAUGCAGAUCUAAUGUAGGAAAAGGAAAUAUAGAUGGUAAUGUGAGCUGUAGUGAAAACCUUGUUGCGAAUACAGCAAGGUCUCCACAGUUUAUCAACCUGAAAAGGGAUCCUAGGCAAGCAGCAGGACGAAGUCAGCCUGUAACUACUUCAGAAAGCAAAGAUGGAGAUAGUUGCCGGAAUGGAGAAAAACACAUCCUGCCUGGCCUGUCACACAACAAGGAGCACUUAACAGAACAAAUCAAUGUAGAGGAAAAGUUGUGUUCUGUAGAGAAAAACUCAUGUGUUCAGCAGAGUGACAAUUUAAAAGUUGCACAAAACUCACCAUCAGUAGAAAACAUACAGACUUCUCAAGCAGAACAAGCAAAACCCUUACAGGAGGAUAUUUUAAUGCAAAAUAUUGAAACUGUGCACCCAUUUCGAAGAGGAUCAGCAGUAGCGACAUCUCAUUUUGAAGUUGGAAACACAUGUCCAUCAGAAUUUCCUUCUAAAAGCAUCACCUUUACUUCCAGAAGCACCAGCCCCAGAACAAGUACAAACUUUUCACCCAUGAGGCCACAGCAGCCCAACCUUCAGCAUCUCAAGUCUAGCCCACCUGGAUUUCCGUUUCCAGGGCCUCCUAAUUUUUCCCCACAAAGCAUGUUUGGAUUUCCACCACAUUUGCCACCUCCAUUACUUCCCCCUCCAGGCUUUGGCUUUGCUCAAAAUCCCAUGGUUCCCUGGCCACCUGUUGUUCAUCUCCCAGGUCAGCCACAGCGUAUGAUGGGUCCUCUCUCACAAGCAUCAAGGUUUAUAGGCCCACAGAAUUUUUACCAGGUUAAAGACAUUCGGAGGCCAGAAAGGCGCCAUAGUGACCCUUGGGGUAGGCAAGACCAACAGCAACUGGAUAGGCCAUUUAAUAGGGGUAAAGGGGACCGCCAGAGAUUUUAUAGUGAUUCACACCACUUGAAAAGAGAGCGACAUGAAAAGGAAUGGGAGCAAGAAUCUGAAAGGCAUAGACGCAGAGACAGAAGCCAAGACAAGGACAGAGACAGAAAAAGCAGGGAGGAAGGGCACAAAGAUAAGGAGAGGGCACGGUUAUCACAUGGUGAUCGAGGAACAGAUGGAAAAGCAAGCAGAGAUAGUAGGAAUGUAGACAAGAAGCCAGAUAAACCUAAAAGUGAAGACUAUGAGAAGGACAAAGAACGAGAGAAAAGUAAACACAGAGAAGGAGAAAAGGACAGGGAUAGAUACCACAAAGAUAGGGACCACACUGACAGAACUAAAAGCAAAAGGUAAAAUUUGCAGGCUGCUUCAGGAUUACAUUUAAAUAACUGUUAAAAUGUUGUAUCUUGUAAACAAAAGAAAGAUUGCCUGCUAGGAUUGUGCCAUCUUUAAAAUUUUUACUAUCGGUCAUUUGCAGAACAGUAAAUUCUCUGUGUUGGUGCAGAGUGCUCUGUACCAGUGCUCAUCAUCCCUUCUUCAUACCAACUGUCCCUAGUUAUAGGAAUUUAAUAUUUUUAAAAGUUUUACAUUGCUGUAUAUUCAAAGAUUUGUUUUAUUAAUAUGCAAUAAAGGCUUAGAAAUUUUAGUUUUAUUCCUUAAUUGGUAAAUAUGGUUAACUAUGGAAUAUAUUUACUGCCUCUAGUGAAUGUCCUUUGUAUAAUGACUAAUUUGGGAGUAAUGUGUGCUCUGUAAGUUUGUUUUAAAUUGCACUGUUUUUAAAGAAACUGUAGAGGAGCAACAAAAAUCCAAGCAACUUCAUAGUCAGAUUAUGCUAAUCAUUUAGUUGAGCAGUUUUUGACCAAGAAUCAGAAGCCCAAGGGGUACAUUUAUUGCUUUAAACUGCACUCAUUGAAGUCAUGUAUUACCAUAUACUACAGCUUUGUGGUAGGCCAUUAUUUUCAUUUUCAUUUUUGGCUCUUCAGAAACUUGAAUACUUAAGCUUGUACAUGAUCUUGUGUUUUGCUAUCCUUUUUACUGUAAAAUGUAAAUAUUUUAAGGGAUAUUUUGAUUCUAAAUAUGAUAAAAGAAUUUCUCACCUAUUUUGUGUGUGUGACUUGAAAUUCAAUAGUAAAAGAAUUUCUUCUUUAAAGCUUUAAUUACCUUCAGACAUUGAUUUUUCGUUACUCAGCCAAGAACAUAUAGACAUAGCUAUCCAUGUCAGGCAUUAGAUGAGGGGAAAAACAAUUUUUUAAAAUCUUAAAUUAUAGGCUGAGAUGAAUUUUGUAGUUCUAAAGAAGCUAGAAUUUAGAACUACCUGUGAAACACUGUGCAGCUAUAGCCCACUUUAUAGGUGAGUUUCUGAAAACUUUUACACCAUCACAAUUUGGUACUCUGACUCACUAAUCAUUAAAAUUAAAGACCACAGAACUUGAAGAGAAAUAUGUUUUGAAUCUUCUUAUAAAAUGUGCGAUUUAGCCUAAUUUGUAAAGUAACUGUACAGUUUCAUAUGCCAGUUUUACUUGAAAAAAAUAUGAAAACUAUUGUUAAUUCAAAUCUAAAUUUAUUUAAACCCUAAAACACAUGGUUUUGAUGGCUGUAAUUUAAAGUAAGAGUUAUCAAAUGAUGCUGACAAAAAACCUUCCAAAAUACAAAAGAGAGAACUCAGUAUUAUUUACUUACCUGCAUUAAUGAAGAAAAAUAUAAAUAAUUCCACAAAAUUAAGAUUGUUUUCCUAGAGAGCUUAAAGAUUAGAGUUAAAAGUUGGUUUUGAAACAGAAUUAUCCUUGUUAUUUUUGCUGGAGAGAAGGGAGGAAAUUCAGAACCAAACAUUCUAUCUAAUUUGCAAUGACUUGCGGUACUUUUUUCCCUAUCCUUAUCCUCUGAAACUUAUUGUCAUGAAGUUCUAAAACAGAGAACUUGUGUUUAAAUAAAGCCCGUUUAACUUUGG